AAUAUUCUGAGUCAACAGUAUGAAAGUCAGAUCCGCCCUUGUAUUGAUCUCAUUGACUCGCUGAGGGCGCUGGGCGUGGAGAAGGACUUGGCCUUACCAGCGAUCGCUGUGAUUGGUGAUCAGAGUUCUGGGAAAAGCUCUGUGCUGGAGGCUCUGUCCGGAGUGUGUCUUCCCAGAGGCAGCGGUAUCGUCACACGUUGUCCUCUGGAACUCAAACUGAAAAAGUCCCUGAAGGGUAUAGAGUGGUCUGGCAAAAUCAGCUAUCAGGGGGAAUCCAUAGACAUUGAAAGCCCAGCUGAAGUGGAGGAUGAAGUCCGGAAGGCACAAAACUGCAUUGCUGGUGAAGGGAAUGGAGUCAACGAUGAACUGAUCACCUUGGAAAUUGUGUCUCCGGAUGUCCCAGACCUGACUCUGAUUGAUCUGCCAGGAAUUACACGGGUGGCUUUACCUAAUCAGCCUGCGGAUAUUGGACGUCAGAUCAAGAAAAUGAUCAAGAAGUACAUCCAGAGACAGGAGACCAUUAAUUUAGUUGUGGUCCCCAGUAACGUGGAUAUCGCAACCACUGAAGCUUUAGAAAUGGCAAAACAAGUGGAUCCCAGUGGAGAGCGGACAUUAGGGAUCUUGACUAAACCAGAUCUGGUCGACAAGGGAACAGAAUCAGAUAUUGUUGACGUGGUGAAAAACCUGUCCUUCCCACUGAAGAAAGGCUACAUGAUUGUGAAGUGUCGCGGGCAGAGUGAAAUCCAGAGCAAACUUUCUCUGAAAAAUGCCAUAGACAAUGAGAACGCUUUUUUUGAAGACCAUGAAUAUUUCAGAGUUCUUCUACAAGAAGGUCAUGCCACAAUCCCGGCCCUGGCAGAGAGACUAACAGUGGAACUGGUGGAGCAUAUUAACGUAAGUCAUUUGUGA